AUUUUCUGAGAGAGUUUUAAGUUCUAUUAUAUUUUGGAGGAUUUUAAAUUUUUAAGGAAAGUGAUGUCGCACCUUAGAACCAUUCCUUUUAUUCUUCUUCUAUUUCUUCUUUUCUAUCAAUCUUAAGGAUUUAAAAUUCCUUUAUGGCUCUUCCUUUAAAUGCCAACAUUGUUGCUAAAUCUAGUUGCAAUCAGAUUGGAUAGGUUUGAUGGCACCAACUACAUGUGUUGGAAGGCUAAGAUGACUUUCCUACUAACAACACUUAAGGUGUCAUACGUUCUUGAUCCAAAAUUGCAACUUGUCCCAACACUGAAGGAAAACAAUUUUGAAGGAAUGAAGAAUGCAAGACUGAAGUGUGAAGAAGAUGAACUCAUAUGUCGUGGACACAUUCUGAAUUCUCUCACUGAUAGACUUUAUGAUCUGUAUCGCGAUAUGUCUUCUCCUCAAGAAAUCUGGAUUGCUCUGGAAAAGAAAUAUAAGCAUGAAAAGAAAGGUACGUACAAGUUUCUUGCGCUUAAAUAUUUUGAGUUUGAAAUGAAAGAUGAUAGUUCCACCAUGGAUCAAGUGCAUGAAUUACAAAUUUUGGUAUCAAGAAUGUCAAAAUUGGAGAUAAAGAUUCCAGAUUCACUUCAAGUGGGGGCAAUACUUUCAAAACUUCCUCCAUCUUGGAAUGAUUAUAGGAAAAAGGUUCUGCAUUCAGAUGAAAUUUUGACUAUGGAACAGUUUCAAACACAUCUCCAGAUUGAGGCAGAAAAUCGUUCAAGAGAUGCAAUAUUGGCACCCUCGAAAGUUAAUUAUGUGAGUCAAAAUUCUACUACGCCUUUCAAGAAUAAACUCAAGCCUCUUAAGAAAACAAUGCUUUCAAGAAAGCUUCUUUCAAAAUAAGUCAACCUUGUUACCAUUGUGGUAACAAAGGUCAUUUUAUUAAAGAUUGAAAAUUCAA